GGGAAGUUGGCUGGCUCUCAAGGCAGAGUCUCUUCUCAAAGGCUGUUUCACAGUGAAAAUAUGCUCAGUGCAGCCGAGUGCAUGAAUGAAAAAGCCUCUGGUACCUUCUAGUCUGGCAAAAUGCAGCACAAAACUCAACUUACUCUGUCCUUUCUACUGUCCCAGGUUCUGCUGCUUGCAUUUGCAGAAGAUUUAGAAUGCGUCCCUGGAUUCCAGCAAAAGGUUUUUUAUAUUGAACAGCCUUCUGAAUUCACAGAGGACCAGCCAGUUCUGAACUUGGUAUUUGAUGACUGCCAGGGGAAUAACAAAUUGAACUUCGAAGUUUCUAACCCAGACUUCAAGGUGGAAAGCGAUGGGUCUUUAGUUGCACUAAAGAAUAUAUCGGAAGCUGGCAGAGCCUUGUUUGUCCACGCGCGGACUGAGCAUGCUGAAGAUAUGGCAGAAAUUUUGAUUGUUGGAGCGAAUGAAAAACAUGGCGCAUUAAAGGAAAUCUUUAAGAUGGAAGGAAAUCUGGGAAUUCCAAGACAAAAAAGAGCUAUUUUGGCGACUCCAAUACUAAUUCCAGAAAAUCAAAGACCACCGUUCCCCAGAUCUGUUGGCAAGGUCAUCAGCAGCGAGGGGACAGAGGGAGCAAAGUUUCGACUCUCUGGUAAGGGAGUAGAUCAGGACCCCAAAGGAAUUUUCAGGAUUAACGAGAUGAGCGGGGAAGUGUCCGUGACCCGAGCCCUUGACAGAGAAGCAAUCGCCACUUACGAGCUGGAAGUUGAGGUCACAGAUUUAAGUGGGAAAAUCAUUGAUGGCCCAGUCCGUCUAGACGUUUCUGUUAUUGAUCAAAAUGAUAAUAGGCCAAUGUUCAAAGAAGGACCCUAUGUUGGUCAUGUCAUGGAGGGAUCUCCUACAGGAACUACCGUGAUGCGGAUGACAGCAUUCGAUGCUGACGACUCUAGCACAGACAAUGCUCUUCUGCGCUAUAACAUCCUUAAACAGACGCCUACCAAACCAUCUCCAAACAUGUUCUAUAUCGAUCCAGAGAAGGGAGACAUCGUCACAGUGGUGUCACCAGUCCUGUUGGAUCGUGAGACUAUGGAAAACCCCAAAUAUGAGCUGGUUAUAGAAGCUAAGGACAUGGGUGGUCUUGAUGUGGGAUUAACUGGCACAGCGACUGCCACUAUUCUUAUUGAUGACAAAAAUGACCAUCCACCAGAAUUUACCAAGAAAGAGUUUCAAGCUACGGUAAAGGAGGGAGUCACCGGUGUGAUAGUAAACUUAACUGUGGGAGACCGGGACGACCCUGUAACUGGAGCGUGGAGAGCUGUCUACACCAUUAUUAAUGGAAAUCCAGGGCAGAGUUUUGAAAUCCAUACCAAUCCGCAGACUAACGAGGGAAUGCUCUCUGUUGUCAAACCUUUAGACUAUGAAAUUUCAGCAUUCCACACGUUGCUGAUCAAAGUAGAAAACGAAGACCCACUGAUUCCAGACAUAGCCUAUGGCCCCAGUUCCACGGCAACGGUCCAGAUCACUGUUGAGGAUGUGAAUGAAGGUCCUGUUUUCCACCCGAACCCAAUGACAGUGACAAAACAAGAGAACAUCCCUAUAGGCAGUGUUGUGUUAACGGUAAAUGCUACUGAUCCAGAUACUUUGCAGCAUCAGACUAUCAGGUAUUCAGUUUACAAGGAUCCAGCAGAGUGGCUAGAAAUUAACCCUACUAAUGGUACCAUUGGCACCACUGCUGUCCUGGAUCGUGAGUCUCCUUAUGUGCACAAUAACGUGUACACUGCUCUGUUUCUGGCCAUAGACAGUGGUAACCCUCCUGCGACAGGUACAGGAACUUUACACAUCACCUUGGAGGAUGUCAAUGACAAUAUCCCGUCCCUUUAUCCAACACUGGCGAAAGUCUGUGAUGAUGCGAAAGAUCUCAGGGUAGUGGUAUUAGGCGCAUCAGAUAAGGAUCUUCAUCCCAAUACAGAUCCAUUCAAGUUUGAACUGAGUAAGCAAUCUGGCCCAGAUAAAUUGUGGAGAAUCACCAAGCUUAACAAUACUCACGCGCAGGUCAUCCUGCUGCAAAACCUGAAAAAGGCCAAUUACAACAUCCCCAUCUCAGUGACAGAUUCUGGGAAACCACCUUUGACUAACAAUACAGAACUGAAAUUGCAAGUGUGCUCCUGCAAGAAAUCCAAAAUGGACUGCAGUGCAACUGAUGCCCUUCACAUCAGCAUGACCCUUAUCCUUCUUUCACUCUUCAGUUUAUUUUGUCUGUAAGGACUCCUGACAUUUGAAGCUGUCCUACCGAGUUGCCAUGGCAACGAGAAAAGGAAACCGCCAGAUUGGAAGAUUGCAGUUUACAGUUACUGUUCUUCACUACUAGGCCGCAGUUGCUCCAGAUCCAGUUUAAUUUGCAACCUCACUUUAAUCUGUCCGACUAUCCAUCGGUGUUUGACAGCUUCUGCCCUUACUUUCAUUUAUUAAUGGAUUUCUCUUACAAGACGCAAGGCUGAUGAAAGUUUUCACUGGGUGUUAAAAGACCAUGCCAUCUAAACCCGAUCGUGGGGGAGCAGAAAACAGAAUGACUCCAUUUUUCUUUUGUUUUUUUUUUUUUUUUUCUAUCUGUUUGACUUGUUGCUAUUCAACUGUUCAGAAAAUAUUUUGUCUGUGGGUUGGUAUUUGUAUAUGUAUGAGUGUAUGUAUAUAUAUAUAUAUUUAUAUAGAGAGAGAAGUUAUACGACAGGUUUAGCUUCCUGAAAGCGUCCAGCU